AGCAAAUUCAAUAUGGUCGAUUGCCGUCCUCACAAUACAUACUAAGUAAAAUGUUUCGCUUUUUUGGUGGAAUAUGAUUCCCACUUAUGACCAGUGAACAUUAGUGACUCAUCCACAAUCUAAAAAUAUCAACCAUUUAUAAUGACGUUUAGGCGGCGCGUCUUGAGUCAUGAUCAAGAGGAUUUUAAAGAAGACAUCCUUAAUAAUUUAAGAGAGACUGAUUAUCGCGUGUACCGAACAAGAUGGAUAAUUGUCUUCACAUUCGCGUCAUUGAGUUGUACAAACGCUUAUUUGUGGAUAUCGUAUUCCCCUAUUGCUAACUACUUUGUUGAGUUUUACUCAACAAGUAACACGGUUCUCAAUCUCAUUUCCUUAAUUUACCCUUUGACUACGAUAGUAUUUGGUCUCCCAAUAGCUUAUGUCAUAGAUCGUCUUGGGGUUCGUUUCAUUGUUUUAUGUACGGCCAUUUGUAACUUAUUGUGUGGGUGCAUGCGCGUUUUGAGUAGCGCACCAUAUAUAAAUAUUUCAUCCUCUGGACGUCUCAUUUUGAUAGUAUUUGGACAAGUAAUUGCUUCUUUUGCCCAACCAUUCUGUUUGUUCUGCACAACCAGUCUUGCAUGCGAUUGGUUCCCCGACAAUCAGCGUACUACCGCAAACACUAUUGCAUCGCUUGGAAAUUCAGUAGGCAUAUUGCUGGGCAGUGCGUUUGCCCCUAAUUACGUCAAGAGUUCUUCCAAUAUUGUUGGUUUCAAUUACAUAUCCUUGGGAUUGGUUGCUGUUCAGUUCUUCUUGUCAAUAUUGUUAGUCCGCAGAGGUAAACCAAUCACACCCCCUUCAUAUGUGGCGACGUUGGCUAUAGCUAAACGUCAAGUCAACUCAAACAGACAUUUUAUUUCACUUCAUUCUUUAUGCGACUUUUUGAAAGCGUUUGGUCCACCUCUUAAGCUCUAUGGAUUUUGGAUUGUUACAAUUACAUUCAGUAGCUGUAUCGGAUAUUUUACUGUCUUAUCGGCUCUCCUACAGCAAAUUCUGUGUACAAAAGGUUACUCCAACCAGUUUGCUGGAUUUUGUGGAUCAAUCACAAUAGUUGCAGGCUUAGUAGCAGCUGGUCCUGUUGCAUUGUUUGUGGAUAGAACGGGAUUUCUUAUUGAAACAUUAAAGAUCACAUUUUCAUUAAGUGUUUUGGGCUCUGUCUGCUUAAGUAUUGUAUUGUGGUUCCCUAAUCAGCAAAUACUAAUCACUAUUUGUUUAAUUUGGCUUGGAGCAUUUGGUUUCUCUCAGUUUUCCCUGUGUUUAGAACUAGCUGCAGAGGCGACUUAUCCAGUUUCUGAAGCAAUUACAACCAGCUUUCUUAUAAUCUCCAACCAAAUAAUUUCCCUCGCAAUGUUGCCUAUUUUACAGUUUACUGCACCUUUAGCUAACAAUUCAACUAAAAUUAUCAGCACUUGUGGUCCUAACGAAGAUAUCCGGGUAAACAAUUUGUAAUGAAACUGGUUGUUUUAUAAUAAAUUUAUUAGUUCUUAAGAACUAUAUUUAACAUUUUUUAAAACUUAUUUCUCAGAUCAACCCGUUUCAAAAACUUUCUUAUAAGCAAGGUUUAUCGUCAUUCAUGCAUGUUAUGUUGCACUCAUUUCAAAGAAGCAAAUGCAUAUCUCACCAAAUUAACGCAACACUAAGUUCCAACAACAAUAUAAUACACUAUACUCUGAUAGAGAAUAACUGGAUAUGAUUAGGAGUCUCAUUGUCACAGUAAGGGAUUAGUUUUAAGUUUUUUAAUACGCCAUAGUAAUGCCUUGUGAUAAAUCAUUCUAUUUUUAGCGUCAUAUUAUUAAGCAAUUACUAAAAGCCAGUGAGCAUUUACCCACUUAAGAAUCCCUUACAUUACUCCGGUCGGCCCCAUGAAUUACUGUUUAUUUAAGCAGUAUCUUGCAUCAUCCCGGUAUCUAGUACAGAUUAAGAAAACAUAAUGAUUAGAAAUUCAACAAGGCAGGUGUUAUUACUUAUUCACCUAUUUAGUGUAAGAUAACAAACAAUUUUUGUCCUAUUUUCCUUCACUAUUAACCAAAAAUUACUAACACUGAUUAUCACAUUUAUCAUAGUAAGCUUAUUUUUCAUUAGUAAAUCUGGUUAGAUUAUUCAAACUUUUUUAUUUGCUUGUUACAGUCAUUAAAGUAAAUUUUCGCCCUUUUAUUUUGUAAAUUUGAUGUCCGAAUAAUGAAUGUUUUCAUAUUAACGAUAUAGUCGAUACGUAUCUGUAUUGUUUGUAGUAGACUUCAUUUGAGAUAGGUGAUGUUUGAAAGCGAUACUUAUCUAAUUGUACAUUUCUAUGAAAAAUGUAUGGUUAUUAUUGUAUACGAAAGAUUACCAUUGAUCUUUCACUUCAUUUUUGAUUUCUUUAGGAUUUCAGUGCACCACAUAUGGGUUUAUGUGCUUUCAUGGUUUUAUUAUCAAUUGUUCAACUUUUCACCUUAAAGUUACCAUAUAAACGACGAGAAUGUUUAAAUUCUGUUGUAAUCUGUGUCGGAUCUAACAAUUAUAUCAAUGAGGCAAAUGAUGAAAUUCAAGAGGAUUUCUAAUAGGAAAAAAGAUAAAUAGUGUAACACAGUCCAUUUAUUGUAAUUAUUUAUUUUAUUUAUAAUUAUGAUUUUUGUAUGCUGAAAAGUUGAAAUUACGUCUAUUUAUUUGUUUGCAUAAUAGGUAUAAUAUUUAUUCUCUAUUAUUUUUCUAUCUUUUUUUAUUGCGGAAUUAUUGAAUUAAUUUUGAGCUAUUUCUUUAUUGACUGAUAUAUUUAUGUAUAUCUUCUUGUUUAAAAAUACAAAUGAUUAUUCAAUAAUGAUCAUUAUUAUUAAUACUGCACAACACAACAAAUUCCACACAAUGGAUUUCGAUUUGUUUACAUAGUAUUCAUUGUUCGAAGUAAGGUAAAUUUACGUUUACUUAAUAUUAUUACAAUAUUUUUUUAAUGAAAUAAUAUAAUUUUGUUGAUAUA